CCUCUACAAUCGAGCUCCUCUUUCCCAACCUUCUUUCGUCCGUUGCCACCCUUCCUUUUGAAUUUCAAAUCUCCCACUUCUUCCACUUCCAACGCCCCAUACUCCCCCACUAACAUCCCCAUCCCCCACCUUCGCCCUCAUUUCUCUCUCUCAUAUCCAACUCAACUUCAUUCUGCUGUUUUCUUUCUUUUUGUUAUCACUCGCCCAACUUUGUAUUCUCUCUGUUCUAUCUUCGUUUUGUUACAAGUCUCUGUUUGAGUUCUGUUUUCCGUUCAGGAGCAAGUCCGUUUCUUUGUACCCAGGGAUGGGUGCUUCUGGAAAAUGGGUGAGAUCUUUAAUCGGGCUCAGGAAGUCUGAUAAGGAUGACCAUGCCAAGGAGGGUGGAGGCAAGAGCAAGAAGUGGAGGCUAUGGAGGAGUUCUUCUGGGGACAUGACUUCCUGGAAAGGUUUCAAAGGAAACCACAGAGCUGCCUCCGAGGGUUCUGAUUCUCCGGUUGCUGAUGCUUUUACAGCUGCAAAGGCCACCGUGAUUCGAGCUCCCCCUAAGGAUUUCAGACUUGUUAGGCAAGAGUGGGCAGCAAUAAGAAUUCAAACUGCCUUUCGCGGUUUCUUGGCAAGAAGGGCCUUAAGGGCCUUGAAAGGAGUGGUAAGGCUUCAAGCUCUUGUGAGAGGUCGACAAGUAAGGAAGCAGGCUGCAGUGACGUUGAGGUGCAUGCAGGCUCUGGUUCGCGUUCAAGCCCGAGUGAGGGCUCGUCGUGUUCGAAUGUCCAUAGAGGGGCAGGCUGUGCAAAUGAUGCUUAAUGAACGUCGCACUAAGGCUGAUCUCUUGAAAGAAGCUGAGGAGGGAUGGUGUGAUAGCAAAGGAACUCUGGAAGAUGUCAAAGCUAAGCUACAGAUGAGGCAGGAAGGAGCCUUCAAGAGAGAGAGAGCAAUUGCAUAUUCUCUUGCUCAGAAGCAAUGGAGAUCAACCCCUUGUUCAAAUGCACGAAUAAAUACCGCUCUCAAGAACUUUGAGAUCGACAAGGCUAACUGGGGAUGGAGUUGGUUGGAACGUUGGAUGGCAGCCAAGCCCUGGGAAACUAGAUUGAUGGAACAGUCCCAGGCCGAGGCCUCUGAUAAAAGUAAAACCCCACCUCCUAAGAAGUUUGUUGAUUCCUUGGCAAACUCAAAUUCAAAACCUUCGGAACAAGGCUUAGUCAAAGUCAGAAAGAACAACGUCAGCACGAGGAUCUCAGCUAGGCCUCCCAUUGCUGGGCAAACAACGCGUUCAUCCUCAAGUCCAAGUUCUGAAUUUCGAUAUGAUGAGAGCUCUGCUUCGUCUUCCAUUUGCACUUCCACAACACCAAUAUCUGGGAAUACUGGGUUGGCCUCUGAAAGGACAGAGGACGGCACCGUGAGUCGGCCGAGUUACAUGAACCUCACCGAGUCAACCAAGGCAAAGCAAAAGGCAGGCAAUGUUGGGUGUCACAGAAGUCAAAGGCAGCAAUCGAUGGACGAGUUUCAGUUCCUGAAAAAGUCAGGGAUUUUCUCAAAUGGGGAUUCCAAAAGCACUGCAGGUUCGGGCUCUGACCCUUCAAUCAACUUCUCAAGGCCAUUUUACCUACCCACCCACUUGGACAAGUGCUCAACGAAGGCGCGGUGAGGAUAAGUGGCUGCUGCCUCAAGUAUUUAAUAGAUUUGAAUGAUGGUUGUAGUAAUUUUCCAGGUUCAACAUCUUGUUGUUCCCUAUGUUGGAAUUGAGUUAGCUAUUAGCUUUUGUGCUUGCACUAGGCUUGUUAUUGAUUCUACUUGAGGUCGAGGCCUCGCAAUUUGUACAAUUGUUCGUUCCAUGGGUAUUUCGUAUCACGCUAUCCUCUAGUUCUCUCC